ACAAAAACCCCAGGAUGGUACUGGGGAAGUAUGACUGUUAAUGAAGCCAAAGAGAAAUUAAAAGAGGCGCCAGAAGGAACUUUCUUGAUUAGAGAUAGUUCGCAUUCAGACUACCUACUAACAAUAUCUGUUAAAACGUCAGCUGGACCAACUAAUCUGCGAAUUGAGUACCAAGAUGGGAAAUUCAGAUUGGAUUCUAUCAUAUGUGUCAAGUCCAAGCUUAAGCAAUUUGACAGUGUGGUUCAUCUGAUUGACUACUAUGUUCAGAUGUGCAAGGAUAAGCGGUCGGGCCCAGAAGCCCCCCGGAAUGGGACUGUUCACCUCUAUCUGACCAAACCGCUCUAUACAUCUGCACCAUCUCUUCAGCAUCUCUGUCGACUCACCAUUAAUAAAUGUACCGGUACCGUCUGGGGACUGCCUUUACCAACAAGACUAAAAGAUUACUUGGAAGAAUAUAAAUUCCAGGUGUAAGUGUUUCUGUUUUUCUAAACAUCAUCAUAUAGAGUAUCUCCAAAUGCAGCUAUGUAAGACAACACCAAAACUUGAGCGACUGGAUAACUGCACAGAAUUCUAAAAACAGCUGAAGUCAACCUAAUUUAAAUGAGUAAAGAGGUAGCUAGGUAUUUAAAAUUCCCCUAGAUCUUUUCACCUGAGUGAUGCUUCCUUUCCUAAGGCUGACCAAGAUCAGUUGAUCCUUUUAACUAAGAAAUAAAAUGCCCCAAGUAAAGGCUGAGGGAGCAUUUUAUCAGAAUGCCUUGUCUUUCUGAAGUUCCUUUGCGUUAGGUCCAAGGUCCAAGUUCCAAGCUCCAAGCCCCAGUAACAAAGAGCGAGUGGAGUACUGAAGAAGCAAAAGGAACCAAGCUGAUGCAGGCUUACCUUGAGUUUAUACGCCUGAUGAUCAGUAUCUUUAAGGACAUUUUAUAUGUUGCAUUCUGAUGUACGUAGUUUUGUCGAACACAUCAUGCUUGUGAGUAUUUAUCCCUCAUUUUAUGCAAUUAACCAAAUCAACCAAAAAAAAAAAAAAAAGUGACCAUGAGAUCCUGUAUUUGUCUUUUUACUACAGGUAUGAACUCUCCUGUGAAUGAGUACUGUAGUAACCCAUUUCAAGGGAGCCUUAUUUCAGAAAUAUUUCAAACUGGUGCAAAUGGAAAAGACUUUCUCUUUUCCUUUAAGGCUAAAGACAAGAAUGUCAUGCUCUACAGGUGCAACUCAAUCUCUGUUAAUAAAAACCAGUGUAGAUAUAGACAUUUUACCCUUUGAAGUAGCUGUGCCCCAAACUGUUGCCAUUGAUUUUUUUGGAAAUGGCUUUAGAAAUUUCCCAGUCCUUGAAUUGUCUAACCACGGACAUCAGCAGUUGUCUCCCUUCUACUGUGUAGAAUACCUUGACUUAAUUUUCUUCCAUAUAUAGGGGGAUACCUGCCUGUUUUUCAAAGUGUUUAUUUACUGCUGUUACUAUUUGAUUAGAAUGUAUUAAAUAAAGAAAAACCUGACUUUU